AUGGAUACACAACCUUUUGCAUCGUCUAGUGAGGCAUCUCAUGACCAUUCUCACAAUGCCACUAUAGAGCACCGUAGUGAUUCCUCUGAGCGUAUAUCUACCCACGAUGAUUCACAACACCCUUCAGUAGAAAUGAGGUUAUCAGAACAAUCUGACAGGUCUAUACAUCAUUCUGAAAACAAAGUGAUACACGCUUUAGAAGCGACUACCAUUUCCAAACACGAUCACGUCAAACCCGAAACCGAAGUCGUCCAGAACAACGACCACCCAAAAGGUCACAAGGAGAAUACCAACAAGGAUCAGACUCGCCAUCACAAUAAAAAUAAAAAGAAACCAGACGAUACACCCUUGCGCGAUUAUCCUGAUCCACUUAACCAGAUCGAACCUCCAGAAAUCGAGUCUCAUCCUAAACAUCAAGAAGAAUUGGAACAGUUUACAACCACCCAUCAAACCAAAAAGAACUCGGGUGCAUUCUUGUAUCGACACUACACGACAUUUUAUCCCUGUGCCAAUCGACUCUUGGCCAUGAAAUGGGAUCAAACUCAGCGUCAACAGCAUUUGAAAAAAUUAUCUGCUGUUAAACCGACUAUUGAUAACUCUCCUCCUAAAUUGCAUAUGCAUUUGCAAUUGAAACUCAAAAAAGUUCAAAUGGAGGAAGAUCGUCUUAUGCAGAUUAAGCGAAACAAUCGUAUUCUGCUAGAAAAAAUGACUCAUAUUAUGGAGAUGGAAGCCAAAGAUCCCAGCAUUCACAACGACCAUGAUUACACUCAUAGUCUGAGUGCUUCUUUUCGUGCCCGACAAAUGGCCAAGAUUGCUGAAGAAAACAAGGCCAUGCUGAUGCGACUGGAAACCAAGCAACCUCAUUACGCACACACAAAAUGGGAUAAAGAUCGUCAGAGGAAUCUCAUAUACUUGCAAAAUAUCUCUGCGUAUCCUCAAGUUUUUAUUGAUCUUCAGAAAGCAGAAUCCAAACACCAAAAAGGAAAUGAUGCUAGCAAAUCAGAACAUCCUAAACAUGAUGGUAAAGGCGGAUGGAAGGAAUCUGAACGCAAUGCGGAUCUGAAAGCAGCGUUUUUACCACCUUCAAAACAGUCUAAUAAAAAAAAUAAAGAUCAAUCCGACAGCAAGGAACAACAUGGCAAGAAACAAGGUAAAAAGACUACAAAGACACCCGUCACCGAUGUAGAUCGCAUUGCAUCUGCACGAGAACCACGAGCUCCUGUUCCACUUCCUGAUAUCCACAAAGACUCUGAUCACUACGAAGCUAAAGAAAGCGCAGACGUUCCACUACCAACAUCUACGACAGAGAUCACUGCAAACUAA